AACAAGUAAACAACAUACUGUCACCAUCAGAUGAGGAUAAGAAUGGAUAGUAAAUGGGAAGCCACACCCAAUGAGAAGGGUGGAAGCCUGUCAGAUGAAAGAAACAUGGACCAAUCAGAUGAGCGGUCUCCUGCGCCUCAGGCCACAGUCUAUGUAGAGCAGAUCACAGAGGAGAUGGGUAAGGCUGGCGAAGCGUCCCAGAUGGAAACUGUAUCAAGGGAGAACGAAGGUCUGAUCUGGGCUCUGCUGAAACAGCUGCGGCCAGGUAUGGACCUGUCCAAGGUGGUGCUGCCCACGUUCAUCUUAGAGCCACGCUCCUUCCUGGACAAGCUGUCCAACUUCUACUACCACGCUGAUCUGCUCUCACAAGCUGCGCUGGAGGAGAGUGCGUAUGGUCGCAUCAAGCAGGUGUUGAGAUGGUACUUGUCCGGUUUCUACAAGAAACCAAGGGGUCUGAAGAAGCCCUACAACCCAGUCCUGGGGGAAACAUUUCGCUGCUGCUGGCGUCAUCCUCAGACUGACAGCUGCACCUUCUACAUAGCUGAACAGAUCUCCCACUCUCCACCCAUCUCUGCCUUUUACAUCUCCAACAGGAAGGAUGGGUUUGCUAUCAGUGGGAGCAUCCUGUCCAAGUCCAAGUUUUAUGGUAACUCUGCAUCAGCUAUUCUGGACGGCAAAGCCAAGCUGCUGUUCUUGAACAGAAAUGAGGAGUAUGUCAUCACUAUGCCAUAUGCUCACUGCAGAGGAAUCCUGUGCGGCACUAUGACACUCGAGCUCGGUGGGAAAGUCAGCAUUGAGUGUGUGAAAACGAGAUGUUUCACAAAGCUGGAGUUCAAAUUAAAGCCUUUACUCGGAGGCUCCUCCUCAGUGAAUCAGAUCAGUGGGAAGAUCUUUGAAGAAAAUAAGCUGAUGGCUACUAUUCAGGGACACUGGGACCGUGAGGUGCUCAUUCAUGAAAGGCACUCAGGCCAACAGGAGACGCUGUGGAAUCCCAAUGCAGACAUCCGCAGCCGCCGCCUCAAGAGACGAGUGGUACAGAUGGACCAGCAGGGGGAGUUUGAGUCUGAAAGACUGUGGCAGCAUGUGACCAGUGCCAUCAUGGAUCGGGACCAGCUGCGAGCCACGAAGGAAAAGUUUGUGUUGGAGGAAGCUCAGCGGAAAGAGGCGAAGGAGAGAGGAGACACACCCUGGACCCCACGACUUUUCCACCAGGACUCUGUCACCUCCGAGUGGACCUACAAGCACAGAGACUCGUGGCCGUGGGACCCUGAGAACUGUCUGUGUCAGUUUGAGAAGGACGGAGUGAUUCAGACGCAAGAGAGAAGUCAGAGAAAACACAACAAACUCUUUGCUGUGGCUGAUUAGGUAAACCCUGGACAGGUCACCAGUCCAUCACACGGACACAUCGAGAAAACCAACCGUUCACUCCCACAUUCUCACCUACUGUCAAUUUAAUUUACAGUCUCCAAUUUGCCUAAUCCCCAUGUUUUUGGACUGUUUUGAAACAAGAGAACCUGGUGAAAACAUACAAAAUAUAAAAUCAUUUUAUUGUAAUUAAGUAUAUGUAUAUGUUUAUUCAUUUUUGGCUUUCAAAAUUGUACUCACUGGUUUUUAACAAAAUAAACAUUUUGAAUAUUCUCCACUAGAGGGAGAUACUGGUGCAGGUCAUUUAAGCUGUCUUGACUUGGACUGAAAGUGUUCAUCAUCACAUUCAGUUUCAUAUCUUAUAUUAGUUGUAAGCAUUAUAGGUACAAAUGAAACCAUGUUAGAUCCAAACAGUAGCUCACAAUCUAGACUAUGACCGACAUGAGAAUUGUUGAUGAAUGGUUGACCGACACAGUGAGAGUGUGGAGCUGAACCUGAGCAGGUGUAAAUCUCCUGCUAGACGCCACAUGGAUCAACAUAUCGGCCACACACACACACAUUAAAGCCCCCGUGAGUGAAGCUGAGUGAGUGGAUUUGUGUUUGAGGAGCCUCCCCACAGUGUCGGAGGCCUGUGACAUUUUGAGUAUUUCUGCUGUUAUGUUAUUUCAUAAUAAAA